GCCCGGAGCCUCCGCGGGCUCUCGCUGUCGGUGCCGCGCUGGUGCCGGGAGCCCGCGGGGGCCCCGGGGAAGCUGGAAAAGCUGGAAAAGCUGGAAAAGUUGGAAAAGGCGGAGGAGAAGAGGGCGGGAAAGGCGGGGAGGCCGCGCUUGGUGAUCACGGAGCAGCCGAAGCAGCGCGGGAUGAGAUUCCGCUACGAGUGCGAGGGGAGAUCGGCCGGGAGCAUCCUCGGGGAGAGCAGCACCGACAGCAGCCGCACCCUGCCCAGCAUCGAGCUCCUGGACUGCCAGGCCAUCCCGGAGGUGGCGGUGACGGCCGUGCUGGUGUGGAAGGAUUGGCCCCACCGCGUCCACCCGCACGGGCUGGUGGGCAAGGAUUGUUCCCAGGGGCUGUGCCGGGUGAUCCUGCGGCCCCACAGCAACCCCCGGCACAGCUUCAGCAAUUUGGGGAUUCAGUGCGUGAAGAAGAAGGAAAUCGAGGGCGCCAUCGAGAAGAAGCUGCAGCUCGGGAUCGACCCCUUCAAAGCGGGAUCCCUGCGGAACCAUCAGGAAGUCGAUCUCAACGUGGUCCGGAUUUGCUUCCAGGCCUCGUUCCGGGACCGGGCCGGGAUCCCCCGGAGCCUCAGCCCGGUGCUGUCCCAGCCCAUCUUCGACAAGAAAUCCACCAACACCUCGGAGCUGCGGAUUUGCCGCAUGAACAAAGAGAGCGGCCCCUGCACGGGGGGGGAGGAGCUUUACCUGCUCUGUGACAAAGUGCAGAAAGAGGACAUCGCGGUGAUUUUCCGGCGGGAGUCCUGGGAGGCGCGGGCGGAUUUCUCGCAGGCCGACGUUCACCGCCAGGUCGCCAUCGUGCUCCGGACCCCGCCCUACGCUCACCUGGAGCUGAACCAGCCCGUGCAGGUGGAGGUGUUCCUGCAGCGCCUGACCGACAGCGUCCGCAGCGAGGGGUUCCGGUUCACGUAUCUGCCCCGGGAUAACGGUGAUUACCGGGAAUGGAACCGGGAAUGGAACCGGGAAUGGAACCGGGAACGGCCCCGGGAUGGGCGGGAUGCGGGUCCCGGGUCAGGGCAGGUGUUCCUGCAGCGCCUGACCGACAGCGUCCGCAGCGAGGGGUUCCGGUUCACGUAUCUGCCCCGGGAUAACGACGCUUACCGGGUGCAGCUGAAGCGCAAACGGGGAAUGCCCGAGGUGCUGGAGGAGCUGUCGGGAACCGACCCGUUCGGGAUCGAGGCCAAGAGGAGGAAGAAGCCCCCGGGGUACCUGGAGCAUUUCCUGCCCCUGGGACCCCCAGGUGCGACCCCAAAUCCCAAAUUCUGGAAUUCCCCCUCCUUUUCCCGGGAAUUCCCCCUCCUUUUCCCGGGAUUUCUCCCGCCCUCUCUGCCGUGGUUCCCGCUCGUUUUCUUCCCUAACUCCCGGAAUUUUCCGGAAUUUUCCGUUUCCCAGAAGAAGGACCCGGCGCAGUUCCUGCAGGUGCACGGCCGGGCCUGCAAGGUGCACCUGGACUCUGCCGUGGCCCUGGCAGCCGAGAGCCCCGUCAACAUGAUGCCCUGGCAGGGGGACACCAACAACAUGAUCGACAGGUUCGACGUGCGGGCUCACCUGGAUUUCAUCCCCAUGUACACCCCGGCCCUGCUCAGCCCCACCUCACCGGAGCAGGAGUCAGACGAGCGCAAAUGUAACUACGAGCGGUACCGGGGCCUGGUGCAGAACGACUUCGCUGGCAUCUCGGAGGAGCAGUGCCUGUACCAGAUCUACAUCGAUGAGCUCUAUGGCGGCCUGCAGAAACCCAACGAGGAUGAGAAGAAAAAGCUGGCGGAAAAAAAGGCUUCCAUAGGCUACACCUACGAGGACAGCACCGUGGAGGAGCUGGAAAAUUCCCUGGAAAAGCGAGGCGGGGACGAGGAAGACUCCGAGGAAGAUUCCAACACGGACGAGGACGAAGUGAUCCCGGAUAUCGAUGUGGAAGUGGACGUGGAUGAGCUGAACCAGGAGCAAGUGGCCGACCUGAACAAGCAGGCCACGACCUACGGCAUGGCCGAGGGGGAUUUCGUCAGGAUGCUGAGGAAGGACAAGGAAGAGGCCGAAGCCAUCAAGAACGCCAAAGCCUUGGAGGAGGAGAAGGCCAUGUACUCGGGCCGCCGCUCCCGCCGGCAGCGCCGGGAAUUCCGGGAGAAGCGGCUGAAGGGCCGGAAAAUCAGCCCCCCCAGGUGAGAUUCCCAACGUUUUC